AUGAGAGACAUCGCUCAGUCGCUACCAAGGGAGCUAGUUGCCAUCCUAGAGCCCUUGCUGGCUUUCAGGGUUGGGGAAUACUCCCUCAGGACUUCCUACAAGUCCAACUCCUCCACCCUCUCCAUCUCCUUCGACUUAGGUCAAAGGAAAAGGCCUCUGGUCAAAGCUCCGGCCAAGACCAAGCCUAAGGAGAAAACCACCCCGGCCCCUAUCCCUGCUGCACCACGCCCGGUACGGAAGGCCAGGCCGCCCAAAGUGAAGAAGGCUCCACCAGUCGCCGCCAUGGAGAUCCAGGAGAGCCUACCCACCACCCCUCCGCCCCCAACAGCAGCAUUGGAACUCGCUCCCCUCGAAUCCAGAGGGGAGGAGCCCUUUCGCAUACCUGUAGGGACAGGACACGGAAGGAAGAAGAGAAAGAGGAAAAGUAUCUUCUCCCCUGACUCUCCCUCCCUCCCAUCACCACCUACAAGCAAGACCACGGAAACACAGACCGCCGUAACACCAGGCCCCUCCCUCAACACCAGCCAAUUCCAAACCGACCCGGUUCCGGAACCAGUUGUUGAGGAAGACGUCCGUGUCGACCUUGCCCAGAAGGCCAGCCUCAUCCUGGAGCAGCACAAGGUCCACCCUAACCCCUGCUACCAGCAUGAGAGCGGCAAGGUAUACCCCAGCAACCGCCCACGCCCACCCAUGGUGCUGGUGCAGUACUGGGGAGAAGAGACUUGA